GCAACCUUCGACUCCCGAUCACGAACUCCCUUCCGUACUAACCACAGGAAUCCGGUGAGUGCUGCCCCCCCUCCCUCCUCCCGCCACUGAGACGACGACAAUUUCUUGCAGCUCUCUGCUCAGGAACAUUUCAAUUGCCUCACUUUUCAUUCUAGCAACAAAACGCUGACCGGCGAGACUCUGCACAGGCAAAAUGGGCGCCCUCAAGUACCUCGAAGAGCUCUCCAAGAAGAAGCAGAGCGAUGUCGUUCGCUUCCUUCUCCGGGUUCGCUGCUGGGAGCUCCGCCAGUUGAACGUCAUCCACCGUGCUUCCCGCCCCAGCCGCCCCGACAAGGCCCGCCGCCUCGGCUACAAGGCCAAGCAGGGCUAUGUCAUCUACCGCGUGCGUGUCCGCCGUGGUGGUCGCAAGAAGCCCGUCCCCAAGGGUGCUACUUAUGGCAAGCCCACCAACCAGGGUGUUAACCAGCUCAAGUACCAGCGCUCCCUCAAGGCCACCGCUGAGGAGCGUGUCGGCCGCCGUUGCGCCAACCUCCGCGUCCUCAACUCCUACUGGAUCAACCAGGACUCCACCUACAAGUACUUCGAGGUCAUCCUCGUCGACCCCCAGCACAAGGCCAUCCGCCGCGAUCCCCGCAUCAACUGGAUCGUCAACCCCGUGCACAAGCACCGCGAGUCCCGCGGCCUCACCGCCACCGGCAAGAAGUCCCGCGGUCUCAACAAGGGCCACCGCUACAACAAGACCAAGGCUGGUCGCAGAAAGACCUGGAAGCGCCACAACACCCUCUCCCUCUGGCGCUACAGGUAAAUGCGCGGUCGUCGCUGACCGUGUCAUUUUCAAUGAUGGCGGAGGAGACGAUGAUGGGGCUGGUUCGGCUCUGGUUCUCCUGUUUCGUGGCAUUUCAGACGUGCUUUUUGGCAUCGUUGACUGGGCGAGGUCUGGUACUCGUUUGAGGAACUCGGGAGCUAUGCUAUGGAGAAUCUGGUCUUAGCUGAGCAGAGAGAGAAAAAGGAAUGGACC